AUGGCCACGCAUUGGCGUCCAGCUUUGCGCCACGUGGCGGAGGACGCAUGUGGCAUAUCGUCCGAUGCGCCCUCUAAACACGCCAACGUCGAUUGGCUUCGACUUCGCAGGCCCGGCAAUGGUUCGGUCGCGGCAGCGGAGGCAGUCGCGGCGUCGAAGCAUCAGACGACGAACAGCGCGGAGAGGCCCGAGGACGAGCGAGGUAUAGCCGCAGCGGAGCCGAAGGGCUGGCCCGCCGCCUUCGCCUCGCCGCGCGGGUUUCUCAACUCGGGAUGCGACCUGGGCGGCAGCCGCAGUGACCAAGGCGCCAACGCGCCGUGGCCUCUGUGCCAGAGCGCGCCUUCCGCGUUGGCGGGCUGGCACCCCGGAACCUUCACGGCCGACAUGCCGCCUGGCUACGAACUGUCGCCGUUGUACGGCACCUCCUUCCACCAUCUGUCCCAGGCCCCGCCGCCCUGGUCGCCGGGCGGUGAGGCCUGGGUCGGCUGCGGCUACUCGCGCGUCGACGCGCCGCCGCCGCGGGCGCCGGGACGUGCAAGGGCGGCUGCCGUUGGCGCCGAGCGUGAGGCCAUGGCCAUGGCCGCCGCGGGCAGGGGCGCCGUCGGCGGGGCGGCGGCUUCGCGCGAGGUUUCGGUCACCAUGCAGCCGGGGCCCCUCCACAUGCGCAUGACCACCGCGGGCAGGGUAACCCGGGUGGCCGCAGGCGGCCAGGCCGCGGCGCACGGGGUGCAGCCGGGCUGGUUGCUGGUGUCGGUGGACGGGAAGCCGUACCACGAGCCGCUGCUGCAUUCCAAGAUCGCCUGCGGCAGCCCGUACCGUGUAGUCUUCAGCGCGCAGGAGGGGGCCAUCUCCGCGAUCUUGGCGGCACGGGCUGCCUUCCUGGAGCAGCAGGCUCUCCGUGGGGGCGCUGCGGAGCAGGGCGCGGCGGGGCAGGCGCAGCACUCCGCAGCGGCCCCGAGCGUGAACCCCGACGCACCGGUGCCGCUCCGUGGCCCCACGGCAGUUAGCAUCACCGACGGCUGCGUCAUCGACGUGGACGGCCAGACGGUCCUCGCGGCGGACAUCGCCGCGCUUCAGCAGCAGCUGCAGGCCGAGAGUGACCAGACCCCCUCGCCCGAAGCGCAGCAAGCGCGGGCCUCGAGCGGUGGCGGCGGCGCUUCAGCCGAUGCCGCGCCCGACCCGCCCGCGCAGGAGAGGCCAGCGGUCAGAGAGCCCGGGCGAGAGGCGCAGCGCCAUUACCAGACGCAGCGCAAGAAGCAGCAGAGGAUUAUGAAGAAGAAGAUCCGGCGCGGCGAAGUCGUGGUGGGUCCCAGUGGCGUCCUGGAGCCGGCGAGCGCCGUGGGCGCGCCCCCCGCGCCGCAGCCCGCGAGCGGGGGGCCCGCUGGGGAGCCAGGGGGCGAGCGGGAGCCGGACGGCGAGCAGGUGCCGGCAGAGGGGACGUCCUCCCGGCUAGCGCCGGCCUGCGACUUGAUCCCCGGCACCCGCUGGUUCGACGGCAGGAGGUUCGGCGAGGACGGCGCGGAGGACUCGGAUGGAUUCUCUGCGUAA